AUAUAUUGACAAUGUUUUUUUAUAUAAGUUUAUGUGAAUGUUAUUGAUUUUAUAUGUUUAAUAAUAGUGUUAUUUAAUGUCGCCAGACGUUGAUAUAAAUCUUUCACCGCAGGAGUUGCAAGUUCUAUCUGAACUUGACAGUCGUCAGUUUGGUUUCCUGAGAUUAAAUACUCCCGAACAUGCGAAGAAAAAAACAUUGGUCUUAAAGGCCAUUAAAUAUUUGGAGCGUAUGUUGGAGCAAGCUCAUUGUGAGAAAGAAAUUAGAAAUAAACAGAAAAGUAUAGAGUCUGAAAAUAUAGACUCAGAAGACAAUAAAAGUGAAAUGCUUAUCGAUAACUCAAUCGAUAAAUUAGAUAAUUUCAGCAAAGAAAUAAAUAUAGACCCUAGAACGUACUGCAAACUUGGUCAUUUUCAUUUAUUAGUCGAGGAUUAUGCCAAAGCAUUAUCGGCUUAUCAAAAAUUUUUUAGUUUAAAACAAGAUUAUUGGAAGGAUCCCCAAUUUUUAUAUGGAUUAGGACUAGUUUAUUUUCAUUUCAAUGCUUUUCGAUGGUGA